CCAUGCAAUUUGCAGUCCCCAAAUUUCUGAAACGCGGAUAAGAGAGAAAAUUUUCAAAUCAAUUUACAAAAUCAACCAUGUAGAGUGAGCAAUAGCAUGUUCAAAGAUUUAAAAUGUCAGUCACAAACCAGGUAUAGACUAGAGGUGAGGUCAAAUACAAACAAUCUGUAGCAUUGAAGCUAGACGAGCAUGAUUCUCUCGACUGUUUGCCUGAACUCAAAUAAAACCAUUGCGCAUAAAUUGAAUUCCAAUAAGGAGAUAAUCGAGGCAAUUCCCGUUACCUUAUUUUCAGCCAUUGCUAAUCAUAUUUUCUUCAUACCCGCCAUGAAUUUGGUGAAAAGUGAUAGCAAGCAGCAAUGUUACGACUAUGCAAUCACAAAACAGUGGCUGUACUCAACUCUGUCAAGCCCACUUUCAUGACCAAUGCUAUAGCGAGGCCUGACAACCAUAUUCAGUUGGCAGGUAAUUAUAAUGCUGAGCAAAGCUGUGUGGGAAAGCUGAAAGCACUGUGUAAGCAGGGGUGGUUGAAUGAGGCUCUGGAAGUUUUAAAUUUUAUCCCUGAACCGAAUGACUCUGUGUAUGCCUCUCUCUUACAGGCCUGCAUCCACAACAAGGCCCUGCCGGAGGCCAAAUUAGUACAUGCCCACAUCAUUAUCACUGGGUUUAAGCCAGAUGUCCAUUUAGAUACCAAACUUGUCAUAAUGUAUACAAAGUUCCUCUGUCUCGAAGAUGCCCGCCAAGUGUUUGAAAACAUGUCUGAAUCAAAUGUUGUGACUUGGACUGCGUUAAUGGGAGCUUAUUCCAGAAAUGCUCGGCCUUGGGAUGCCUUGGCACUGUUUUACCAAAUGCAACGAUCGGGUAUUUCUUCAGAUCGAUUCGUAUUUCCAAGUGUUUUGCCAGCGUGUGCUGCCUUGGAAGCCUUACAUUAUGGCCAAGAGUUACAGGGGUUUAUCGUUAGAAAUGGGUUUCAGCAUGAUGUUUUUGUGGCCAGUGCAUUGGUUGAUAUGUAUUUCAAGUGUGGCAGAACAGAGGAGGCACGCAAAGUGUUUGACAAAAUACAAGAGCGAGAUACUGUCUUGUGGAAUACCUUGCUUUCAGGUUAUGCAUAUAAUGGCCAUAUGCAGGAGGCAAUGGGGAUCUUUCAAAGAAUGCCCAAACCAAAUGUCUUCUCGUGGAAUACAGUGAUCGAUGGAUUUGGAGAGAAUGGGCAGGUUGACGAAGCUCUGAAGUUGUUUCAGAAAAUGCCUGAACGAGAUGUGUUCUCGUGGACUGCAAUGAUUGCAGGACUUCUACGGAGUGAUCUUGUCGACAAGGCCAUGGAGUUGUUCAGGGAAAUAUCUCAUCCAGAUAUGGUUUCAUGGAACCAAAUGAUUAUAGGGUACACACAGAGUGGAAGAGUUGAGGAGGCCAUGAAACUGUUCGACGAAAUGCCUGAAAAAGACUUGGUUUCAUGGAAUACAAUGAUUACAGGAUUUGUGCAGAAUGGGCAUGUUCAGAAGGCGCUUGAUCUGUUUCGACGAAUGCCAAACCGAUGUGUGAUCUCAUGGAAUGCAAUAGUUGCAGGUCAUACACAGAAUGGGAACUUCAGUGAAGCAUUGCUGCUCUUUCGAGAGAUGCGAAUGAUGGGCAUGAAACCAAAUGGAGUCACUUUUGUGAGUGUCCUUCCUGCAUGUGCUAAUUUAGCAGCUCUGGAACAUGGCAAGGCUGUCCAUGAAGAUAUAAUUAAAAGUGGGUUUGAGUCUGAUACUCUUGUUGGAAAUUCCCUAGUAGACAUGUAUGCAAAAUGUGGAAGUAUAGAAGAUGCACAGAUUGUGUUUGACAACAUGCCUGCUUGGGAUGUAGUCUCAUGGAAUGCAAUCAUUGUAGGGAAUGCUGUUAAUGGGUUUGGGAAGGAAGCCUUAGAGCUUUUUGAAAAAAUGAAAUCCUUACAUAUGAAGCCAAAUCAUGUCACAUUUAUUGGAGUUCUUUCAGCUUGCUGCCAUGCAGGCCUUGUGGAUGAUGGCUGGAAAUAUUUCAAUUCUAUGAACGAAUCUUAUCAUGUUACUCCUGCAAAAGAACACUACUGUUGUAUGGUUGAUCUCCUUGGCCGUGUUGGCCAUUUGUAUGAGGCAUACAACUUGGUUACUAAUAUGCCAGUAAAGCCUAAUGCUACUGUAUGGGCAUCUUUGUUGGCUUCUUGUAGAAUUUGUUCCAAUAUAGAAUUAGGAGAACGUGUUGCAGAAUUUUUGUUUCAGUCAGAUACUAAAAGUCCUGGGCAUUAUGUUCUUUUGUCCAACAUAUAUGCAGCAGCUGGCAGGUGGGAUAAUGUAGGAAAAGUGCGGAAAUUGAUGAAAGAAAGGGGUGUCAUAAAGACACCAGGAAGCAGUUGGAUUGAAGUGAACAAUAAGAUGUAUGCUUUUGUUGUUGGAGAUAGAUCACACCCACAAACACAGGAAAUUUAUGCAGAGCUGGAGAGAUUAUGUGGGCAGAUGAAGGAGACAGGUUAUGUGCCUGACACAGACUUUGCACUGCAUGAUGUUGAGGAGGAACAAAAGGAACAUAUUCUUGGCUAUCACAGUGAGAAGCUGGCUGUUGUAUUUGGGCUUAUCAACACCUCUCCCAUGAAACCUAUUCGUGUCAUUAAAAACCUUAGAGUAUGUGGUGAUUGCCAUUCGGCCAUCAAAUUCAUUUCCAAAAUUGCUGGAAGAGAAGUUAUUUUGAGGGAUGGCAUUCGGUUCCAUCAUUUCACAAAUGGACAAUGUUCCUGUGGUGAUCAUUGGUGAGCCAAGCAAACCAAGAAAUUUAAAAGGGUCAUAUUCUCAGAUCUAAGUGUAUAUUUUUUAUUUUAACCAGGCUACUAAAGCUGCAUAAUUGGGCGCAACUUGGAGAAUUACUUUUCUUGAGGGUUUUUCAGAUGGCUACAAUAUGGACUUUGUCAUUAAAUCAAAAACCCUUCCGCCAUGUAACUAAACUUGAUAUGGUCUCAAUAUCAAUUUAUUGUGAUCCUCCUUUUUUUACUCAAAUAUGCAGUUCAUCAUACUUGAGAGAGAAGGUUGCCUCAUUCUUAAGGAUAAUGUUUAUAUCAUAAAGUGUUUUGACUUCAAUUCACAUUUUGGACAUAUUUUCUGAUGAUCU